AUGGAAAUAGAUAACCAGACAUGGGUGAGAGAAUUUAUUCUUCUUGGCUUAUCUAGUGACUGGUACACUCAGGUCUCCCUCUUUUCCCUGUUCUUGGUCACAUAUCUCAUGACAGUGCUGGGGAACUGCCUCAUUGUUCUUCUGAUCGGACUGGACAGCCGACUCCACACUCCCAUGUAUUUCUUUCUCACCAACCUCUCACUUGAUGUCUCCUAUGCCACAAGUAUAGUCCCUCAGCUGCUGGCACAUUUUCUUGCAGAACAUAAAGCCAUCCCAUUUGCAAGCUGUGCAGCCCAGUUAUUUUUCUCCCUGGCCUUGGGUGGGAUUGAGUUUGUUCUCCUGGCAGUGAUGGCCUAUGACCGCUAUGUGGCUGUGUGUGACCCCCUGCGAUACUCAGCCAUCAUGCAUGGAGCGCUGUGUGCUAGGUUGGCCAUCACAUCCUGGGUCAGUGGCUCCAUCAACUCUCUUGUGCAGACUGCUAUCACUUUUCAGCUGCCCAUGUGCACUAACAAGUUUAUUGAUCAUAUAUCCUGUGAACUCCUAGCUGUGGUCAGGCUGGCUUGUGUGGACACCUCCUCCAAUGAGGCCACCAUCAUGGUGUCUAGCAUUGUUCUUCUGAUGACACCCUUCUGCCUGGUUCUUUUGUCCUACAUCCAGAUCAUCUCCACCAUCCUAAAGAUCCAGUCCAGAGAAGGAAGAAAGAAAGCCUUUCACACGUGUGCCUCUCACCUCACAGUGGUUUCCCUGUGCUAUGGCACAACCAUUUUCACUUACAUCCAGCCCCACUCUGGUCCCUCAGUCCUUAAAGAAAAGCUGAUCUCUGUCUUCUAUGCCAUUGUUAUGCCUCUGCUGAACCCUAUGAUUUAUAGUCUAAGGAAUAAAGAGGUGAAGGGGGCCUGGCAUAAACUAUUAGAGAAAUUCUCUGGGAUAACAUCAAAGCUGGCAACUUGA